CUGGUGGCAGCGAACACCUGGGAAGAAGGGCAGCGGCGCUGGAAGGGGCGGGCUGCCUUGACAGUGAUUGGCAGUCGGGCUCCCACCAAUAGUUGCGGAGCUAGCGUUUUGGCAAGGGAGGCGGGCGGCGCGAGAGGAAAGCUUACACAGGCUAGGGUAGGGUGCGCCUUGGGCUGAGCGGCGCUCUAGUGGCUGGGGUUGCGUGAGUGAAAGGAGAGACCCUGCGAAAGGGGUGGCGGCAGUGAAAGAGGGAGACGACGCCGAAGAGGAGGCGGCGGCGGAGGAGGCGGAGGAGGAGGAGGGCAGGGCGCAGCCCGAAGCUUGUACAGUGGCGGCAGCGGCAGCUCGUCUCCUAUGCUGUCGUGGACUGAUGCGUUUCCCCCCAGUUCUUGCAGCCUGCUUAACCUUCCGAUCCUCGCUCUGCGCGCCGUGACUGAGCUCGCCUUUCCUUGACUGCAAUUACUUUCCUCGGCCCAUAUUUCUAAUAAGAGGGAGGCGUGAUUGACAUAUCGAGGGGUAAGGGGAAAAAAAUCCGGAGGAGGAGCGGUGGCGGUGGCAGCAAAAGCAGGAAAGCGAAGCGAAGGAGGAGGGAAGACUGGACGCGGUAGAGCAGCGGCAGAAAGGCGUGAAGUUGAACCGCUCCUGAAGUCGGGGCGAGACGCAGCCGAUCGCUUGGCCGGUUUCGCUGCUGCAAACGCCGCCGCCGCCUUCAGCUUUGUGUCUGGUGAGGCAGAAGAGAGCGAGCCUCCGCCACCUUCCUCUCCUCCUCUCUCAGGUUGCUGGAAAUGUCUGAACACAAGGCGCUAGAUCCGAAGUUAUCCACGACGGAGAGGGUGGUGAAAGCUGUCCCAUUUCCUCCAAGCCAUCGGCUCACAGCGAAGGAAGUGUUUGACAAUGAUGGAAAACCCCGAGUGGAUAUCCUAAAGGCACACCUUAUGAAGGAAGGAAGGCUGGAAGAAAGUGUUGCUUUGAGAAUAAUAACAGAGGGUGCUUCGAUUCUCCGCCAGGAAAAAAAUUUGCUGGAUAUAGAUGCCCCAGUCACUGUUUGCGGGGACAUCCAUGGACAAUUCUUUGACUUGAUGAAGCUGUUUGAAGUAGGAGGUUCUCCUGCCAACACACGAUACCUUUUUCUAGGGGACUAUGUUGACAGAGGAUACUUCAGUAUUGAAUGUGUGCUUUAUUUGUGGGCCUUGAAAAUUCUUUAUCCCAAAACACUGUUUUUACUGCGUGGGAAUCAUGAAUGUAGACAUUUAACAGAGUAUUUCACAUUUAAACAAGAAUGUAAAAUAAAGUAUUCAGAACGUGUGUAUGACGCCUGCAUGGAUGCCUUCGACUGCCUUCCCUUGGCUGCUCUGAUGAACCAACAGUUUCUAUGUGUGCAUGGUGGCCUGUCUCCUGAGAUCAAUACUUUAGAUGACAUCAGAAAAUUAGAUCGAUUCAAGGAACCACCUGCAUAUGGACCUAUGUGUGACAUCCUCUGGUCAGAUCCACUAGAGGACUUUGGAAAUGAGAAGACUCAGGAACAUUUCACUCACAACACAGUCAGAGGGUGUUCAUACUUCUACAGUUACCCUGCUGUAUGUGACUUCCUACAGCACAAUAACUUAUUAUCUAUACUCCGAGCUCAUGAAGCCCAAGAUGCUGGGUAUCGUAUGUACAGGAAAAGCCAGACAACAGGCUUCCCAUCACUAAUUACAAUUUUUUCAGCACCAAACUAUCUAGAUGUAUACAAUAACAAAGCUGCAGUAUUGAAAUAUGAAAACAAUGUUAUGAAUAUCAGACAGUUUAAUUGUUCUCCUCAUCCAUACUGGCUUCCAAAUUUCAUGGACGUUUUCACUUGGUCUUUGCCAUUUGUGGGAGAAAAAGUAACAGAGAUGCUGGUCAACGUGCUGAACAUUUGCUCAGAUGAUGAACUUGGAACAGAGGAAGAUGGUUUUGAUGGAGCCACGGCUGCAGCUCGAAAAGAAGUUAUACGGAACAAGAUCCGGGCAAUAGGCAAAAUGGCUCGAGUGUUCUCUGUCCUGAGGGAAGAGAGUGAGAGUGUGCUGACGCUGAAAGGGUUGACCCCAACAGGAAUGCUGCCCAGCGGAGUGCUCUCUGGAGGAAAACAAACUCUGCAAAGUGCUACUGUUGAGGCUAUUGAGGCUGAUGAAGCUAUCAAAGGAUUCUCGCCGCAGCAUAAGAUAACAAGCUUUGAAGAAGCCAAAGGCUUGGACCGGAUCAAUGAGAGGAUGCCCCCACGCAGGGAUGCCAUGCCUUCUGAUGCCAACCUGAAUUCCAUCAACAAGGGAAUCUCUUCAGAGACGAACGGCACCGACAGCAAUGGCAGUAACAGCAGCAAUAUUCAGUGACCCUUUCUGACUUGCAGGGAUUUUUUUUUUGUUUUUGAGCAGGGCAUCUUGGGACUGCUGCUCAACAGCAGUUGGAUUUUCUUGCCUCUGACAGUAGCUUACCUGCUCUGGGGCCAGAUGUUGGAUUCAGUUUACAAUAUCAUCUAAGAAGAGAUAGUAAACUUUAUUUUAGUGGGGUGGGGGUGGAGGUGGAACACCUCCUUGGACAUGCCUUUAAAAUGCUUGUAGAGAAAUAAAUGAAAGCUAAUGCUGGUCUAUAUUGCAAAGUUAGGGGAAUGAACAUGUUUUCCUAUUGCAUUGGAAACCUCUAGAUAUGUUAACUGAAAGGCCUUUAAUAUUAUGUUACUGGACAUGACAACUUUGUCUGAUUUCUUACUAACUAUUGUACGUUUACAGUUGCAGCACUAUACAUGGACAACAUCCAAACCAUUUUUAACAGAGUGAUGUACAAACUAAAUAAGGAGACUAUUUAUUGAUAAUGUUUUGCUACUCUUGUCAGACGAUGGCUAUCUAAAACAAAAAAUUAGGCAAUCUUUUAAAAAUAUAUAAAAGAAAAAAAGAAUGUUGCAAAUUUGUUAAAAAUGCCAAAAAAAGACAAUUUAAUUUUGUACACAUUAUGCUUACCUCAGGUUUCUUUAGUGUGCUUGAAUACCCUUCUUUAAUUAUAACAUUUACCUUAAUUAAUUUGGCAGUGAGAAAUCGUUUUCAUUUCUGUUUUUAAGGAAAAAAAACUGGAAUAAUGAUUCCCUUUUUUUCUUUUACUUGUUUCAGUUUAUAUUUAGGAUUUUUUUUUUCUUUUUUCUUCUUUUCUUUUCUUUUUUUGGUAAAUCAAGUCUUGGUUGUGGCUUGCUGAAUUUAAAUAUUUAUGAGUGGUGCAUUUUUAAGUAUAGUGAACAAGACACCAUAUUAAGUGCAGUGAAAGCAUCUAUAUUCUGUAAAAAAUCUGCCUAUGCAUGUUUUUUAAGAAAAAAAAAUUGGCUGUAUAGGCCUGUAUGGGACUGUAAUGCGCUUAGUGGUCUGACUUAUACUGGAAAUGUAUGUAUACUGGCGUACUUUAUAUUCUCUAAAAAGAAAAUGCUAAUGCCUUUGAAAUUUUGUAAUCAAAAAAAGCUUUGAAAAAAUCUAAGGGGGAGAGUAUUCUUAAAAGUUUUUAAUAUAAGCUUGUCAGUGCACAUAUAGAUGGUUAGCAUGUUUAGCAAACCUUGUGAAAUUUAAACUAAGUUUGUAGUUACAUGUGAAACUAAAUGCAUGAGAACUGUUAACGUCAUGAUGAGUUAGUCAUUUUGUUACGUUCUGUCAUGUGCCACAAAAUGUGUGAUUUUUUUCACUUUUUUUCCCUUUAUAUAUCAGUUACGGGUUACAACUGGUUCAGUCUUAAAGGAGGAGGAAAAAACAACAAAACAGUCCACUGAUAUUUUUUAUCAAUUGUAUAAGUGCCCAAGUAAUUCACUACAGCCUACAGCCUUGCCUUUGUAAUUUGACUUAUGAAAUGUUGGCAAUCAAAGCAUGCACUUGUAACAAUGAAAAAAAAAAGCAUUUUAUAUUACUACUCAAUAAAAAUGUGCAUGAACCCAGAA